AUAAAGGACCUGAAACCCAACCAAUGCGUAUGUGAAAAACAUUUUGAUAAAGCAAGUAUAAUAAGGGAGCUCGUAAUGCGCGAUGCACAAGGAAACGUGGUAACCGAGGCUAAGUACCUGCGAACUCGUUUAUUUAAAUCUGCUGUGCCCACGAUUUUCUAUGAGUUUUCCUCGACUACGUUAGUUUCCAAGGACGAGGAUUUGCAGGAAGAAAAGUUGGGUGUAGAUGCUGCGAGUAAUGGAUCGCUUAACUCAGACGUGCAUUGUACACUAUCAAAAUCCAUCGAAAUCACAUUGCCUAUUCCACAGUCUGUUGAUGUGACAAGUAAAUAUUAUCAUGCUUUAUUGUAUUCCACGAAUUCAAAUAGCAAUCCAGCAAUUGAUUCCUACUGUAUGCAGCCAUUCCAUGAUGCUAUUUUCGUAAUAGCUAUUAUAUUAUACACUCUGUUACAGCCGAUGAUAUUGACGAGUUUUUGCUCUCUGAAAGCACGAAUGUCAAUACAGAGAAUUUGAGUGCAAUUGAUUGCCAGCAAAGCAAAAAAGAAACAAAUGAUUUCACUGAUUGUGAGAGAAUAUCGGACUCGGUUGACCUAAAGCUCAUGAAAAGUAUCAGCAUGGCGUCGUACAAAGAUUCGUUAAUCACAAUACCAAAGUCGUGA